AAAACAAGCAAAAUGGUUAGAGAUCAAGAAAAAGACUCAAUUGAGAAAACUAGAACUCUUUCGUAUGUUGAUGAGGAAGGGUAGUUUUAAGGAAUAGCAAUCAAAAUUAUCUUGUCGGUAAACUCGAACAAGAAUCCACAGGACUGACAAAAGUUUUAGUAGCCGGAUCUGGAAGUAGCUAGUUGGAAGUACAGAUGAACGCAUCCGCAAAUUACGACAAUCUAUGCAGCCCUUGGGCGCACUAGAUUGUACUCAAGAAGGAAACUUUCUCAACAUUAGAAGCAAAAAAUGGCGUCAUGGAAGGGAACAAGAACGUGCAUCGCUGAUGAGGCUCGAAGAAGCACGCGUUGCACACCAGAAUCUCCGUCAAGAACGCCAGUGCUAAGGCGAAGCACAGUGCGGAUUCUGGCUUUUUUAAGGCCCUUAUGAGUGUCGUGCACCUCUCGUACCUCUCCACUGGUGAUGAUGAUGCUCAGCAUGCAUCACUGUUUCUGCGACGUGACCAGUCUGUAGUGUUGUUGUUGAGUCAGGAUAUGCUACACUAUGUAUAAAUAUAUAUACUUCUUCUAAGUAUUGAAUGUUAAUCUAUCUUCAAAUAUCUCACAUUAUCUCUUUUUUAACCAGUGUUUUAAGGCACCAAUGAUCUUGGGCCACAUUUGCAUCUAACUCCAACAUCAGCCACUACUUUUCGUCAUUCUUUUGGCACAGAGGUACAGUCGGCGAACGACCACGGGGCCAACGCGGCGCUCUCAUCUCGCAUUCGAAAGCACGACGAAUCGGAUCAAAUCCUCGACUUGGCGAGUAAACUGUUAGGAACUGUAAAUGAACAUGAGGGUGAAGGAGAUCGGCGAAGCCUUGAAUCUCUGACGGCGGAGGAGCGAGAAAAUCGUACCAAAUGGAUCGCGGUUGGGGCCAUGAUUGCAAUUAUGAAUCAUCAGCAUUAAAAGCACUGACGUUGGUUCUUGGGGUAUAUUUUUCCUUAUAGGUGUAGUAGAUCAAUAAACUGUAGUACCUGCUUACUAUUAAUACUAGAAUAUGAAAAAUAUGAAAACGAAGGAUCGUGUACUUUUCUGGUGGACAAUGGAUGAUCAUGAUCUGGAAAGUGGCAUCUUGAUGAGCCGCGCAAUUACUACUUGCUAUUAGCGUCUUCUAAGCUGGAUUCGUUAUUGACGCUUUAUUUGAGCCUACGUGUCUACCGAGCGGAAAGAGCCGAAGAAUCCCAGCUGCAUGAGGAGUUUGAUACGAAAACAUGGGUGCCACUCACUCUUUUGGACAAUAACCGAGUCACUCGAUACACGGCUGGUCAUUAUGUUUUUGCAGCCUGUUGUUGAUAAUUGACCUAAUUGUUUGUUGCCAUGUAUAGUAAGUUUCCUUCGAUGGAUCCGAUGAGAUCAGUCCCUAUAAUUCGCAACGCAUAACCAAUAGAUUUGAGUCUUGUUCAAAUUUCCUUCAGCAGAUGAUCUAUCUGAAGACCACUGGUUGGAACAAUUUGAUUAUAUUUUCUGAAUAAAAAAUUGUCGACACCACACCCAAAGUCACAGAUGAGGAACAUGAUGAUGAUAAGAAGAAGCUCUGUGUAGAGCUGCGUGCAGCUUAUCGCUGUUUUUAUUCAGUCUACACGUACAUCAAACCUUGUGGCUCGUCCGUGCACCAUCAUCUUGGCUUUUUAUAGUCGUUGUUCAUGUAGUCCUCGUGCGAAAGACCCGCAUGACGAGAGUGGAGGAGAGCAGCCGUAAGUCAGUCACAGCGCGCGUGGCAAUGUCGAGAAGAAUCACGAAGGCAAUGCGGUUCGAAAAAACCUCUCGUAUACUGGAUGUUGUAAACAAGUUGUUAAGGCAGCAUCAUUUCUAAAGCAGUUACAGUUUCAUCUUGUUCAUCCUCAUGAAAUAGAGAUAUUAAGAUUCGCACUCAUUGCCCCGAUGAUUAUCAUAGCCAGGUUACCCUUACCCCCAAAGUCAGACUCUAAAACCUUCCAAAUCGCGUAGAUCGCGGGCUGCCAGCAUGCAUCACACGAAGCUUACAAUCUCAGGAACAAAACUGAGUAUUUUUAUGACAAGUUUGAUGCCGCUUCGUUCUGCUUGCUGAAACAAACGGAUUGUGCUACAUUGUGUUACAACAAAGCGAACGACGAAAGCAAGCCUUGUUGAACAAGGUGCAGCAUGAAGGAAUUGUCAGUUGCAAUUUCAAUCUCAUCGAUAACCACGUCAGCGUGGUGGUUUAUAGCUUAGGAUUUUUAGGGUACGGCCUUAGAAAAGCCCGCGCUAAUGCAUCCGCAUCUCCCGCAGCAUCCUCGGUGACCUUUGCGCAGCAAGAAGAGCAUAGUCCCGAGGCUGCAAGAGCCCGUCACGUCUCACUAGCAUCGAGUCGUGGUGUAAUAACUCCGCCGCCGUCACCACGUAGCGGUAGUCACACACGCAGUGGCAGCGCGCAUCAUUGUAUGCUGUCCGGACAUCACGACGGCGAAGUCGAGGCGCAACAUCUCUCAGAAGUCGUGCCUGGUGGCUCUUAAGGCGCCACGGACCAUACAAUAUCAUCAGGAAGAUGAAGGUUUUAGUAGUUUAGUAUCUAAGUAGAACUCGCAUCUAUGUAUAUAUUUAUUUUUUAGAUACUUCAUCUGCGAACAAACUUUCAUUUUGUAUUUCUUUCACUGCGGAAGCUUCGCUUUUUGCUCUCUCGAUAAGUAAAUGUAAGGUGUGGGUUGGUUUUUUAGGCUGAGCGGGUAGAGUUUGGACUCAGUCGUUUUCAAUGUGAUUCAUCGUUCUGAUCUAAUCUGUUGCUUCUACCGCUGAGGCUGAUGCCGACCUGCUUCGCAAAAAGAAAAAACUUCCCGCUAUCAAGAAGAAAAAAACUGCCACGAGAGCUGAAGCAGCCGAGGUUCAGCUCGACAAAAAAGUCACAGAGGACGAGGUAACGAAUCGAUAGAUCCAUACUUACCGAUUUCAACAAUUUUUACUGUUGGAUGGAUGAAGAAAGUAUAAUGCCAACUUUCUUGUCUAGUAUUUUUCAUCGUGAGAUAGAGUACCCACUUGCUUCAUAAUCUAUUGAUUCAUUCUCACAGUCCUUUGAGAAAGUGUAAGUAAUAAAGAUUUUGGUCUUCUUCGGUUUCAAAUCAUUCUCACAAUUAUCCUUUGAGAAAAUGCACUACAACAAACUCAAAAAUUAGGGACUCCAAAGUGCGGUGUAGAUCAGGUUGGGUACCAGCCCGCUGAUAUAUACAAAACCCGUGAAUGGAUCGGAGAAACAUACCUGCAGUGCCAAUACUUUUCGUGGUGGUCACUUUUCGACCCGAUAUGCUGUGAAUGGGGCUACAAUGGACGCAUACCAUAGGAUUUCUCACGAAUUAGAUUUUGAAUUGGUAUCAACUACUCUAUCGACUUCAACGUCUGUUUUACCGAACAUGAUUGGCUCGUUUUCCUAGAAACGGAGCAGAUGUUUAUGAAAUUGAAUAUGGCACAACAUCUGACUGUUUAUAAACUGAACCUUCUUAGUUGCAAGAGUCUUGAUAUACAUAUAGUUAAGUUUGUUAUAGUUACAGUGAGUCCUAUGUUCCAUUUUUUUCACCUAGUUACAAUCAAUUUGAUACAUGCAAAGUGACGUGGUAAUUUCCAUUCUCAGAAGACAUGGUAUUAUUUGAUGGAAAGAAGACGUAAAACUUUUAAAGAAUCCGUCAAGAAAAAGCAGAGAGAUGAAUCAAAUUUGUUACUAUAUUGACUGGACUUUGGUUGUGGUUGUAAUUAUUGAGAUAUCAGACUAUACGGCGACGCGUGCCGUAUCUCUCCAGCUGACGCGCCCAUCCGAUGAAUGAGUAAAAUUUUGUCCGUUUUGACACUGACACAGCAGUAUCAAAACCAAUAUCACUCAACUGGGAUAGCUGUACUGUGGCUGAAUGCGCUAGACAUUUCUCAUUUUAUGUGUUCAGAUUAG